UUAUUUCACAUUUUGAACAAUGGAAAUAUCUUUUAUUAUAAAUCCCAUCGUUUAUCCUGAAUAAUGACCGAUACUUGUUGGUGAAGGACACUCAACGAAGGACACGUCAAGGAUACUCAACGAAAUCUGGCCGUUUCGACACGUUGUACUCUUUUUCAAGAAGUUACGGCUGGUCACCAGGUUAAAGGCUAAAGACAAGAUAUUUCGUCUUACAAAAACUACAAUGAAAACCCAGGGACAUUAGCAAUGAAAAUCAUCAAAACUUCAUCUCCAUUCAGUACUUAUUGUUUACUUAUAUUAAUAAUAACAGAAUAUUUUAUUAAUCAGUAUUAGCUAAACUCAGUUUACUGAUAAUGAAACAGGCAAAGCUAGUGCAUAGUAGUGAUAUAGAUUAGGUCGUUAAAUAAUAAAAGAAAAAACUACGGAUAAGAACAUAAAGCGGGUUAUGGCAAUGUAGACAAUAUGAAAGAAUACAUGGACGAAUUAGACGAGGAAAGCAACAUCCUGAGGAUAGAUGUGUUCGAGUGGCCAUUGUUCUCCAAGAGAGAUCUCAUCUCUGCAGCAGAAAACAGAACAAACAUUACGACAAGUGAUAAUGGACCCAUGCGAAGAACAACCCCAACUUUUAAGCGGUACAAAAAAUAAAUGUGAAGAUGUGCUUGAAACUAAAAAAAAAUGUAUGGAUGACGGAAAGAUUUAUCAAUCCCUGGAUAGAAAUGAGCCCAGAGAAGUAUCUACAAAGCCAACAACUGAAGCAGAGAUGAGAAAGUUCAUCGAUGUACAACAGCGAAUUAAGCAGAAACUACUCGUUGCUACUCGAAAUGUCCGGAAGUACUCUGAUAAUAGGACAACAGGGAGUCUAAGUAUCCCAGUAAGUGUCAAUAAUGUGUACGUCGAAGCCGUGGUUGAUACUGGGUCAGAAGUGACGAUCAUCAGCACUGACGAAUUGAAAAGAAUAGAGAAUAUGGGUGUGGUACUUCAGGAAAAUGACCGCGAACGGGAUAAGGGAUGCUCGGUCAUUAAUCGAGAAACUUGUUCCAUGCAGAAUUGGGUAACUUUAUCCAUCGACAUAGAAAAGAAGGAGACAACGUGGAAAUGCAUGGUCAUGGACACAGGGGACUUACGUAUGCACCUUGGGAUGGACUUUCUCAGGGAAAUCGGGGUGCGGAUAGAUACUGCAAUGAACUGUGUCUACAUUAAAAAGUGGGACGUGUUAGUACCAACGAUAGAACAGUCUAACUCGUUGACAGGCGAAGCUAGACCAGAAUUGGGAUUGAAAGAACUUGGGUUAGGAACUACCACGUUAGUAGAUUGCAGGGUCUCGGAAAGCUCGACAGGUCCAGCUGAUGAAGAUGAUGAAGGGGAGAGGGAGAGUUCCAGGGAGAACGGCGAUCGGCAGGGUAUUGGUCAAGGAAAGUCAAAGGAAGUACAGAGUAGUUUGGAAUCGAUAAAAAAGGGUUUUAACGAACUAUAUAGUAUCACAGAAAUCGAUUUGGGGGAGCACGUCCCGGGUGAAAUCCAUGCAACCCAAAAGGCAAUGGAAAGCCAUCAGUGGACAUUUCCGGAGAGAACAAUGGAAGCAGGGCCGUCGAAAUCAAGGCGCACAAAGAUAACUGGAACGAAUGAUCUGUUGAACUUUAACAAAGAUACUAAAUUGCAUGAUUCUUCAUCCAUGUGUACAACGCUGAGGAAAUCAGACAACCAAAGACGCAAAUCUUUUAUCAACGAAGAGAUGGCGAUGCUAGGUGAAACAACUACGCUGAUGGGAGAGAUUUUGAAGGACAUAACGAAGCUAGAACAGAUGCUGACGCAAGCAAAUGAGGAGCUAGACCAGGUCGAGGUUCUAGAGACCCCUGAAAAAAAUGGAACUUUAGAAGCACCCAACAAUACCAUUGAACCGAUUCAAAGGCCAUUGGAGCUUGAGUCCCAUGGAAGCUCAGAUACUUCUGUACAACGCGUGAACCUCGACUCUGUACAGAAGUUUGGUACCACAAUUGGUAUUGCAGACGAAGCAAUGGCUGUAGUAGAUCAAGCUGUUUCAGCAACUAAUUCAGCACAAGAAAAGCCUUUGAACAUUGUUCAACUUAACGAAAAUAGCUUGGUGCGCGAGUCACCACAAACUGCCGAAUCUAAGCAAACGGUGGAAAUACCUUGCAAUAUCGUACAGACGGGCGAAAAGCUCUGGACAUCGGAGCCAUCACAAACUACCAUGUCUAUGCCGUCACUGGAUACAUGUUGCAGCAUUGUGCAACUGAAUGAAGAGCCCUUAGCAUUGGAACGACCUCAAAUUAUCGGGCCUAAUCCGCUAUUAAAAGUAUCUUACGACAUUGCCGAAAAAGAUAAAAAGUUCUUCACGCUGAAGCCACCUCAAACUGCCAUGUCUAUGCCGUCAUUGGAUACAUGUUGUAGCAUUGUGCAACUCAAUGAAGAGCCCUUAGAAUUGGAACGACCUCAAACUAUCGGGUCUAAUCCGCUAUUAGAAGUACCUUGCCACAUUGUCGAAAAAGAUAAAAAGUUCUUCACGCCGGAGCCACCUCAAACUGCCAUGUCUAUGCCGUCACUGGAUACAUGUUGCAGCAUUGUGAAACUGAAUGAAGAGCCCUUAGCAUUGGAACGACCUCAAACUAUCGGGUCUAAUCCGCUAUUAGAAGUACCUUGCGACAUUGUCGAAAAAGAUAAAAAGUUCUUCACGCUGGAGCCACUUCAAACUGCCAUGUCUAUGCCGUCACUGGAUAGAUGUUGCAGCAUUGUGCAACGGAAUGAAGAGCCCUUAACAUCGGAACGAUUUCAAACUACCAAUUUCAAUCAAAUGCUGGAUCCACAAUGCGACAUGAUUAAAAUAGACGAAAAGUUCUUGACACCGGAUCCAUUACAAAUUAUCGAGUGUCAUCAAACGCUGGAUGUUCCUUGCAAAAUUGUACAGAUGAGUGAAAAGCACUUGACUUCGGAACGACCACGAACUAGCGACUUUUCUCUACUGGUGGAAGGCCCUUGCAACAUUAUCGAAAUAGACGAAAAGUACUUGGAACCGGAGCCAUCGCAACCUGCCGAAUCUGAUUCAUUGCCGGAAAUGUUUAACGACAUUGUUGAAGUGAGCGGAAAAUACUCGAUACCAAAGCUACCCAAAAUUUCCGUGUUCAAAUCGCAACCUAAUAAAGAGGAACCUUCUGGGGAACGUAGUGACAAACCCGCAUUAAAAAUACAAACGAACGAAUUUGUCGAUAAUGUUGGUACGGACCAAGAACGAAGUCGAAGUAAUUCGGCUUCAUCUAACGAAUCGAAUAUAAGUUUCCAUUGGCCACGUUCUAGGAUAAAAAUACCUAUAUUGAGGGAUUGCUUCGUGCGUUUGGAACGGAUCGACGAGCGAUAUGCCAUUGAGAGCGCGAAAGGUAGACCCGUCAGAUUGGCACGCUUACGAGAAAAAAUUAGGGAUGACCCCGAUGAGGUAAAGACUAAACCACAUUAUAAGGUUAAAUCAUCUAUCCGCAGAAGUACAAAACAAGAGAGUGUGAAGCGCCGGAAACGGAAGAUCCCUGAACUUCGUAAGAGAAGUGUUAAUAACUACAACGCCUCAUCCCAGGUAUCAGAAAAUCAGGAUCCAAACACCAAUGAUCUUUCAAGUAUAUCUAAUCAAAUCAUAGAACAUAGUAGCAGAACAAUAGAGUACCAGGACAAGAAAUACGUUAUCGAAACUAAUCUGGAUCCAGUAAAGGGGUAUGCUAUUCAUGUUAGGUUGGAGAAGGACGAGGACUGUGAUUCCCAGACUACGUUGGACCAGAGACUGAUUGAUAAUACCCCAAAUAAAAACCAGGAGAGUAUUGCCGAUAAUAUUGACCAGAAUCACAAUAAAGUUGUCCAGGCUGCGGUAAAAACGAAUAAGAAAUGUUCUCAAAUAACAAGUUCAACCAAAAGAUGUGCCAAAACUGUGCUGGAAUCCCCUGCCAAGCAUCUGAAAAGGAGCCACGUCCCUCCACCUUCGCGGAAUCAGAACACAAAAUGUGUUUCGCAGAAUGUGGUAGAACGAGACGAGAAAUUUGUUGCAUUACUUAAACGGAAUUUGAGUCGAAAGCUCCAAACUGUUGAACCUAGGCAAGGAACAUAUUGUCCGAAUUACAUGGACUUAUCAGUUAGGAGAGAUUAAAGUGAAUACUUAGGUGCCUUAAAAGAGAAGACUGAUUUGAUAAAACCUAUUAAUGAUAUGGUUGCAUUAGAAGAACCAGCACUAAAUGAGACAGAAGGAGUGAAGCAGGACGAUGUAUCGGCUUCCGUUGAAACGUUAAAAGGAGAUUCAAUAUUAUCGGGACAGGGAAAAGAAAAGGUGUUGCGACGAAUUUUAUAAAGAUUAUAAACACAUAAUUCAGAGUUAACAUUGCUUCGUUACAAAGAAUAAACGACUGUAUCCAUUAAGAGAAAUGACAAUGAUCAGAAGAAAACAUUUUUUUUUUUCUUUUUCACUGAUUCUUGCAUUUGCAUAACAUUUUGAUUUAUUGGUAAAAGGAGAUUUUAAAACGUUCUUUUAUACCCACUUAAGCGAUAUGAUUUACGUAUAGUUUAAAAAUCGUUUCACUGUUAAAAACGGACGACCGAUUUAAUUUUAAGAACUUUGUGUACAAAGGUUUAAUGCACACCUGGACACGUACAAAAUAUCCUUGAAAUGAUUUUAUUAUUUUGAAGAUAAGUACCAAAGCGUUUUUGUUGUUUUAUAGUAAUCGUAAGACCGUUAAUUAUACUUUUCAUUUAUAAUCGAUAUGAUUACUUUUGAAGGGUCCCCAUUGAGCGGACGAUUUGGACAUCGCGGUAUUGAUAUCACUGCGCUCAUUUUUGCGUCGGUACGGUGGAUAUGAAACUUUGACCAUACAUAUCUAGACUUCGCUUUGCAGCGAAAGGGGUAAACAAAUGCAUUUUGUGACCCGACCGCUCACUCACACAGUUAAGGGGAUGUGAAAGUGGCAUCA